AUGGCCACAGCAGUUCUGCUGAGCUCUACACCAGCUCCCCUCUGCUGCCCCUCGAGCACAGCAGCCACCAUGCAUGUCACCAGGCCCAAAUCUGCCAAGGGACGAAGGAGGCCAACCUUGAGCCACUCCCAGGGCAUGGAAUCCUGUCCUUCCCCACCAGGGAAUUCUUCCCCUUCUCCUCGGGAACUGCCCAACAGCCAGAGAGCACUGCUCAGCAAAGCAGCAUUCCCAUCCAGCCAGGAGAUCCCAGAGCUCCUGCAGCAAGUGCCUUUGAGGAGCUCCUCUUCCCUGAACAAGUACAGGGUGCUCCCCUCCAUCGGCUGCAAGGGCACGGGGAGCGACCUGGAAGCGUUGGCUGAACAGACCACCCAGCUGGAGGUGAGGGAAGGGCAGGAGGACCCUCCAAAAUGCAUCAAAACUCUCUCUGGAGAACAAGGAAGCAAUGUCUCCAGUGAAGAGAGCUCACACAUGCAGCAUGUGGGAAGGAAAAUGAGGCAGGAGAGCACUUCCAUGUCCCCUGUAAGUGUGGAAGAACCUCACUUGCUGCUCGCUGUCCGAGCUCCCUCUGGGCAGAGGUUUGAACACCACUUCAAGCCCUCUGACAGUCUCCAGACAGUCCUGGCUGUGGCAGGAGACAAAUUGUUGGCCAACUACCAAGGCUGCAGUGUUGAAACGAUGGAGGUGCCUCGGAGGAGCUUCUCUGACCUCACCAAGUCCCUCCAUGAGUGUGGGAUCCUCCACAAGUCCGUGCUGUGCAUCCAGCAGGACCAGCAGCACGAUGCAGAGCCUUAG